GCUUAGACAAGCGACCUCCGACCCUACUCAGACCCUAAGAAGCGGGGCCUUUGUCUGCAGCUGCAAUGGCGGUUUCUGCUUUGGCUGGUCCAGCGGCGGCGCGUGGGAGUGGUGGCGGCGGCAGCCACGGGUGCGAGAUCUUUGAGCCCAUGGUGUCUGUGCAAGCUCGAUGGCCAGAUCUGCCUGACGCAGAGAAACUUGAGCGUAUCUAUGACCUGUAUGCCAUCAGCACCUCAGCUUCAGUCCCUUGGUGGGAUGAGUCCGGCAACCCGUUGAUGAAGCCGCAUCCUGAUAACUACCGGCCGCAUGAGCAGCACAUCAGGAAGUUGGAGAAGAAGUGCCUCAAGUACGGCAUCCGGCCGGAGAUUCGUGGGCAACCUUGGGCAUUGAUGUCGGCCUCCAACGCGCCACCGUACCAGAUGCUGUCGUGGGGUUCAUUGACUCGCGCAGCAUACCGCGCUGCGUCUGCCGAACCGCACAACGAGAUCUUGAAGCGGAGCAUGAGCCGUCCCCUGACAGGGGCAGGGGCCUUAGAGACUCUGAAAGCCUUUGUGGUUUUUCUGGCAGCUAUGAGCUAUGCCAGAAACCACAACCUUGCAUGGCUGGCGCACGCCAAGCUGAACCGCAUCACUGCAGGCAAUUGUGGCAAGGGCGAGCAAAGUUUCGCUGCCAGGCAGACCAACUUCGACGGCGACUACCCUUCAAAGAACUGCUUCGAGGAUGCAAAGGCGCUCGCCAAUUUCCUUGCCACCAAGCACUGGUCCGCAGCUUUCCAAUCCUUCCUGGACGCGAUCACAAUGUUUGACGACUCCCGCUUGGACACAGUGACUGCGAUCACUUGCUUGCAGGAGUGGAGUGUCAUCCUGCAGAAAUACCAGGACUCCAUCCCCGCGGAUGCACACCUCCAGCUCUUCCUGGAGGGCAGCCGCUUCAUGGUUCCCAGCGUCUCCGAGGAUUGCGACCUGCCAGAUUGCUCAGUGCCUACCUCCAAACGGGUGCCGAUGGUGUUUACCAAGAUCGACAAGGACACUUUGAGGUUAGUGAGCACUCCCAUGGGCUCGAGCCUUGCCUACAACCCGCCGCAGAACGGGGCUGGCAAGUCAGCCGCAAAGGCCAAAUCCGGGGCUGCCAAGGGCAAGCGGGGCAAGGCGGAUGACAACCCUGAUGAGUCAGGGAAGCGGCGCAAGAAGGCGGUGGCAGGCAGCAGCGGGGGUGACGCCGGCAUUGAUGUCCCAGAGGAGCGCUUAAGCAGGGAAGUCUUCGGGGGCGAGAUCACUAUGUCCGACCACGUCGAAGACGCGCAAGCUCUGACUGGCGAUGAUGCGCCAGGCCUGGACAGCGAAGGACCGCAUGACGCAAUUGCAGGCAGUGCUGAUUUCCAGGCGGUGAUGUGCAUGGGCAACAUUUUCCUGGACACUACGAGCGCCCCAAACAGUGCCAAGAAGCGUGAGAAGACCUUCCUCGAUGACCUGCUUGCAGUUUUCAACCAUGUGGUCCAGAGCCAGAAGUCUUGGCUAUUCCGCAAGUGCUAUGAGAAGCCUUUGCUCCAAAUCAGGUCCAUUGUGUUCUCGCUCGGCCUGGAGUUCUGCUUUGAGGGGACUGUGCAAGUCAGUGGAAAGCCCUUUAAGUGUUGGUCUGCCCUGCGGGUGGCCCUGCGAGACCUGAUCGUUGGUUGCCUGUCCAAAAUCAAGGCAAUCUUGGACACUUUGCCCACAAACGGAGAGCCCAACGCGUCCGCUGCUGCCACCAUUGCCACUGCCGUGUCCAAGGUGGCGGCUGCCAACGGUGUGACGUCAGCCGCAGUGUGCGCCCAAGGAUGGGGCACCAUUUUUGCGUUUUGGCUUUAG